AUGUCAGAAAAAGUUUUUCAAAUCAAAAAUUAUACUCCAAAAGUGUAUCUCAAUUCUUUGGGAGGGCCGAAUCUGACAGCCCUUGAAUUAUUGGAUGAAGAGCAGAAUAAAAUCCCAAAACAAAAACGUUGCAGAACAAGCAAAGCUUGUGAUGGAUGUCGAAAAAAAAAAAUAAAAUGUAAUGGCGAAACACCAUGCUCUAACUGUAUUGAUUACAUCUGCAAUUGUUCCUAUGACUAUGUUCCUAAAAAGAGACUGGUUGUUCGCAAACGAAUUUCUUCCACUUUUGGGAACAAAAGACAUCCAAAGAAGCCCACUCUCAAGCAAUUAAAUGAAAAAUUAACCUCCAUCGAAGGCUUGUUGGUUAAUAUAAAUGAAAAACUAACUCAAACGAACGUGAAUACUACUCCUUUCACUGUUGAAACAACUGAUUUAUCCAUUAAUCGAGAAAAUGAACAGGAGUUCCCCAACCAAGAACUUGUUCCAUUUGAUUUAAAAUCUAAUUCUUCAAAUGCUUCAAAAUAUAAAAGGGAAGCUAUUCAAGAAGAAAAAAUUCAAUCCGUUAAUGAUUUUUCCACAGAACAAUCUGAUCAGAGCGAACAGUUUUUGAAAAUACAUGUCCCAAAUAACUCUGAUUCUUCAACAAUGCUUAAUAAAUUAACGAAAACUUUGCACCCUUAUCACAUUUCAUCGUUAUAUUCUGAUGACCCAUUUUUCAUUUUUAACUCCAGAUGGUCAAAAUGGAUUCAAAACACUCUUCCAGGCACAAUUAAUUUUACAGGGAUAUUCAAGGAUUUAUCCUUGAGCAUUCAAAAUAUCAUUAUUUCCCAGUCAAAACAUUGGACAGAACCAAUUAGCUCUUCUUCCAUAAAACCCUUACCAAAUCAAUCUACCGCUUUUUCUUUAUUGCUAAUAUUAAAAGAUCUUCCAUUUCCAUUUUAUAUUGUGGAUAAAGAUGAAGUCCUCUCUUUGUUUCAUCUGUAUUAUGCCAAUGAACCUGAAAAGAAGCUCAAUUACUCCGAGUUAUUGCUAAUGAAUUUGGUACUAUCAAUGGCAACUUCAGUUUUGUUGAAUUCAAAAUCAAAAGAGGAGAUAUUGUUGUUUUUCAAUAAUCAAUAUCAGAUUUUAGAUUUGAAAUUGAUGAAACAUUCUUAUUUCCUAAACUCCAUUUAUUACUUUCAUUGUGUUUGCAUCUUUUGUGAAGGUAUUGAAACAAUAAAAGCUUUAUUAUUAUUGGCCAUUUUUAACGAUAAUACUUUUCUUUCAAAGAUAAAUUAUAUGUUGUUAUCUACUGCUGUUAGGUUUGCCCAACAAAUUGGCCUUGAUAGAAAAGAGAAUUAUAAAGGAAUUGAUGAAAAAACUGCCUUAAAAAAGAAAUUUAUUUGGUUUCUUUGUUUGAGUUUAGACUCUUCAUUUUCUUUGAGAUCAGGUAGACCCCCCAUCAUCAAUAUUAGUAAUGUUACAAUGAGUUCCAAGCAAGAAUACUUAGAUAUUAUGACUAAAUUAUUUAAAUUAGAAAGCAAUUUAAACAAUUGUGAAGAAGCACUUUUGUCUGAAUACUUGAAUAAGUUUUUUAUGGUUAAUCAUUUUUCUUCAAAAUUAGUAAUCUCAUUUUUAUACAGUUCCUUAGAUGAAAUAUCAUCGCUGGCAUACGAAAAUCUUUUAGGUGCAAAAGCCUUAGGAAACAAAUCGUUAAAAGAUGUAAUGGAUAUUGCAGAUAACUUAAUCAAAAAGCUUGAAACCUGGAGAAAAUUCAACCCCGACCUUAUAAAACCAGGAACAGAGAUUCACUUAUCACUGUUUAAAAAUAAUGACAGAAACCAAGUUAAAUCCUAUGAGCUAUAUUAUCAUGUCUUGAUGACCCAUCAGAAGUAUUAUUUCUUAGUCAUGUCCAUUAAUUUAAUUGUUAUUAGGCAUCGAACAAAUGUGAUAUACUCCACAAAUAGUUCAACUGCCGGUGAAAUGCCAAUAAAUUCCAAUAAUGGCAAAGGGUUUGCAAAAUCCGACCCUGGUCAUUCUUUGUAUAUUAACACUUCAACAGCUGCGAGAAAGCUUUUGAUUAUUUUUCAGAAAUUUGACCGAAACCUUGUGCUAUCGGCCAAUUGGAUGUUAAUAUAUCCAAUGAUUUCAUUUCUGGUGUUGUUUUGCUCAAUUUUAGCGGUGCCUAAGUCAGAAACGGCCAAAAAUGAUAUCCAGAUAUUAAUAAACUACCACAAACUGUUUUUUUCCAAAUUUGAUCCGGAAUGUUGUGAUGAAAGAUUCAAAGUUCUUGAUGAUUUAUUGAGAACCAUAGUCAAAAUCAGCAUCAAUGUCUACAACUAUAAAAAUAAGGAAAAUCGUGGCCAGAACUUUUGGAAAUUUUCAGUCAGUCCAUCUGCUUCAAACACUAAAUUAUAUUCAAAUGGGGAAUCGACCAAUAAAACCAUUUCAAAAGACUGGGUUGAUCAGCGAACAAGUAAUAAUACUCAAAAUGCCGCUAAACCUGAUCUUCACAGAAGUGAUAAAAAACAUACACUGGUUGGCAAAGUUUGUAAUGAAGAUGAUAUUGAUCAGGAAAAACUGGGCUUUUGUAAUAAGGAUAAUAUUUGUAGUCCCUCAGAUUCAUUUACUUCAGACAACUGUUUUGAUGAAAUGACUACCGGGCUUAUGUUUGAAUCAGUUUUUGGAUUUCCUUCAUUUUUGGCUGAUUUUGAAAGGUAA